AGAACCCCAAGCACCACUUAUUUUUCCCCUGGCUUGAAUCCAUUUAAUUUUUGCACUUGUUAAAUGCACUGGAAUGGAUUCGGGCAAAAACAAUGGCUCAAAAAAGUUGCACCUGUAGUCAACUCCUCUUGUUCACUUUAACAUUAUUUUCUGGCAUUUUUGCUCUUUAAGCUUUAACUACAAAACGUUAAUCCCCUCGAAUAUCAACCAUGGGUCUGUCUAAGGGAGAGAAGAAAGCCGCCUACUUCGGCAAGCUCGAGAACCUGCUCAGCUCGUUCAAGUCGAUCUUCAUUGUCAACGUCGACAAUGUCGGUUCUCAGCAGAUGCACAUGAUCCGUCGUGCUCUGCGCGGUGAUGCCGAGAUCCUCAUGGGUAAGAACACCAUGGUGCGUCGUGCCCUGAAGCUCCUUGCCCCCGAGAACCCUCAGUACGAGACCCUGCUGCCCUUUGUCCGCGGCAAUGUCGGUUUUGUUUUCACCAACAGAGACCUCAAGGACAUCCGCGAGAAGAUCAUCUCCAACCGUGUCGCCGCCCCCGCUCGUGCCGGUGCCCUUGCCCCCGUCGAUGUGUUUGUCCCCGCCGGUAACACUGGUAUGGAACCCGGUAUGACCUCGUUCUUCCAGGCUCUCAGCAUCCCCACCAAGAUUGCUCGUGGUUCCAUUGAGAUUACUUCCGAUGUGCAUCUCGUCAAGGUCGGAGACAAGGUCGGUGCUUCGGAGGCUACCCUGCUCAACAAGCUGAACAUCUCGCCCUUCACCUACGGUCUGUCGGUUGUCCAGAUCUACGACAACGGCACUACCUUCUCGUCGAGCGUCCUUGACAUCACCGACGAGGAUCUGAUUACCCGCCUCAUGGAGGGUAUCAACGCCGUUGCGUCGAUCUCCCUGGCCGCCAACUACCUGUCGCUGCCCGCUGUUCCCCACAUUACCAUCAACCUGUUCAAGGAGAUCCUCGCUAUCUCGGUUGCCACCGAUUACACCAUCACCGCCGCUGAGUCGAUCAAGGAGCUCCUGGCCAACCCCGAGGCCAUGGCCGCCGCCGCCGCCGCUGCCUCUGCUUCCAGCGCUACCCCUGCCGCCGGUGGUGCCGCCACUGCCGCCGUUGUCGAGGAGGAGGAGGAGUCCGACGAUGACAUGGGCUUUGGUCUCUUUGACUAAGCAACUAGCUGUGCUUUUGUCAUUUACUUGCAGACGCUCUCGAGUUUUCUCUUUUCUAGUUUGUAAUUUUAUUUGUUUCAUUGAAAUGACAAAUCAGGAUAUAGAGCUGCCUAU